UAUCCAACACUAUUCUCUCUUUCUUUGGCCAUUUUUUUCGGUACUCUCUCUCUCUCUCUCUCUCUCUCUCUGCAAGAUUUUUUGUGUCCUUUUUUUUUUAAUCUUUAGCAAAUAGAAUAGGGAAUUCACGUGCCCCAGUUAUUCAAUCCUUUUGACUUUGCAAUUUCGGAUACAAAAGUUCGAAUCUUUUAAGGUGGGUGGUUACUAAUUAUCGUAGAAAAUGAGUACAUUGGAUGCAACUAGGGCAGAACUUGGCCUUCUUGUUUUGUAUUUGAACAAGGCUGAGGCAAGGGACAAGAUAUGCAGAGCAAUACAAUAUGGUUCCAAAUUCUUGAGUAAUGGGCAACCUGGUAAAGCGCAGAAUGUAGACAAAACAACCAGCUUAGCACGAAAAGUUUUUCGUCUAUUUAAGUUUGUCAAUGACCUGCAUGCUCUGAUUAGUCCAACACCUCAGGGUACUCCCCUUCCCAUAAUUCUGUUGGGAAAGUCCAAGAAUGCAUUACUGUCCACUUUCUUGUUUCUUGAUCAAUUUGUGUGGCUCGGUAGAACUGGUAUCGUAGAGAAUAAAGAACGUACCGAACUACUUGGCCGGAUUUCUCUCUACUGUUGGCUGGGUUCCUCAAUAUGUACUUCCUUGGUCGAGAUUGGGGAGCUUGGAAGACUCUCUGGAUCAAUGAAGAAAAUAGAGAAAGAAAUCAAGAACAAUAAUAAAUAUGAUAAUGAGCAAUACCAGGCCAAGCUAAAAAAGUCAAAUGAGAGGACUCUAGCUCUUAUCAAAGCAAGCAUUGAUACAGUGGUAGCUGUUGGACUGCUUCAGUUGGCACCCGAGAAAGUCACUCCCCGUGUUACAGGGGCAUUUGGAUUUGUUUCAUCUCUAAUAUCUUGCUAUCAGUUGCUUCCUCCUGCCUCUGCCAAGUCAAAAACAUCGUGAGCUUGGAAGAAUAAAAUAGCUCCCGUCAUGCUUCAUUGUUGUUAAAUAAUUGUAUGAAUUUAUCAGCAGAUGUUAAUUGGUAUGGUUGCUUUUGUCUUAGUAGAAAACAAGGUCCUGAUUGGAGUUGUUUUCAAAAACCAUUUUAUUGUUUCGGAUUCGGUCCUUAAAACUCUUUGGAUUAUUAUAAAUAUAUAUAUUUAUCCUCUUAA